UGUCGAGAAGUCUGGGGAGAAGCUGCGUUUAAGCUCGCGAUGGACGCCCGGCAGCAGGUGGUGGCGCGAGCCGGGGCCGCGUUCCGCUCGGGCCGGUCCCGCCCGCUGGAGUUCCGGCUCCGGCAGCUGCGGGCCCUGGAGCGGAUGGUGAAGGAGAAGGAGCCGGAGAUCGCCGCCGCCCUGCGCGCGGAUCUGCACAAGAGCGAAUGCAAUGCAUUCAGUUUCGAGAUUAUGGGAGUGUUGGGGGAGAUCGCCCUGAUGGUGGACAACCUUCCUACGUGGGUCGCCCCUAAGUCUGUUCCCAAGAAUAUAAUGACGCUGACAGAUGAGGUCUACAUCCACCAUGAACCGCUGGGUGUGGUCCUGGUCAUUGGGGCUUGGAAUUACCCCUUUGUCCUGAUUAUGCAGCCUCUAAUAGGGGCCAUUGCAGCAGGAAAUGCUGUAGUAAUCAAACCUUCAGAGAUAAGUGAAAAUACAGCAAAACUUGUAGCUGAGCUGAUCCCACAGUAUAUUGACAAGGACCUGUACCCAGUUAUUAAUGGAGGGGUCACGGAGACAACUGAGCUGCUAAAGGAGAGGUUUGAUCACAUCUUCUAUACCGGGAGUUCCCAAGUGGGCAAAAUUGUCAUGGAAGCUGCUGCCAAGCACCUCACCCCUGUCACGCUUGAACUGGGUGGAAAAAGUCCGUGUUACAUUGAUAAGGACUGCAACCUGGACAUUGCCUGCAGACGGGUAGCUUGGGGGAAGUAUUUGAACUGUGGGCAGACCUGCAUCGCCCCCGAUUACAUCCUAUGUGACCAGUCCAUCCAGAACAAAGUAGUGGAGAAUAUCAAGAAGACUCUCAGGGAAUUCCAUGGGGAAGAUAUAAAAAAAUCUCCAGAUUAUGAAAGGAUCGUCAACAAGCACCACUUUAAAAGGCUCGUGACACUGCUGGAAGGACAGAAGAUAGCUUACGGAGGGGAGACUGAUGAGGCUACGUGCUUUAUAGCCCCGACUAUACUCACUGAUGUUAGCCCAGAAUCCAAGAUCAUGAAAGAAGAGAUUUUUGGCCCCCUCCUUCCAAUCGUGACCAUAAAGAGUGCGGAUGAAGCAAUUCAGUUCAUAAAUCAGCGGGAGAAGCCACUCGCCCUUUAUUUAUUUUCCAAUGAUAAAAAGUUGAUCAAAAGGAUGAUAUCAGAGACCUCCAGCGGCGGUGUCACUGCAAACGAUGUCAUUAUGCAUUACACUCUCCCAGAUCUGCCCUUCGGUGGAGUCGGGAACAGUGGAAUGGGCAACUACCAUGGCAGACACAGCUUUGAGACCUUCUCCCAUCGCCGCUCCUGCUUAAUUAAGUCUCUGACGAUGGAAAGUGUGAACAAAAUCCGGUACCCGCCAAACAGUCAGAGGAAACUGGACUGGGCCAAGUUCUUCUUCUUGAAGCGAUUUAACAAAGGCCGCCUGGGGCUCAUUGCCCUGGCCCUGCUGGGAGCCAUCCUGGCUGCGGUGAUAAAGGUGGCCUACUCUUGAAGAAAAGAAGUGACCUGACCUGCUAUAACCAAUCCACAGUACUCGUACUCCGAGCGCACACUUUAUGUAAUGACCUUUUUCAACUUGAGAGUUUUUUACUUUUUUUCUAUGAAAUAUUAAGGGCACAAAGCAAUGAGAAGUAAAGUAAGAAUGCACUAGCUCGUAACAGUGCUGGGGCUAGCACUUGGUAUUGAUUUGAAAAGCCAUGCGGCAAUACAGGGAUUAAUGCAGCAGUGGGCAUAAAGUAUUGGUUGUGCAACCAGCGAGAAGAGAACUGCAAAGCAGGAAGCAGAGCACCCUCAGUUGCUACUCUAUGCUGUAUCAAGACCGUGCUUAUGUCUUCUCAGGACUGUCACCUCCUGAGCUCGCCCAGUCUUUGCUGGAGAAGUAGAACGUGGGCUUACGUUUCAGUCUGGGAGCCAUCACCGUUCAGUUCCUCCAGUGAUUUUUCCAGAGUCCUCCAAAAAGAGGGAAAUCAGGACCUGAUACACUUAAUGUAAAGAGUAAAAGCCCAAAAUAAAACAGAGGUAGCCUUUUUACAUCUUAAUGGGCAGAUACAUUUUCUUUAGAGUUCUUCCCUUUUAUGGUAUCUGCCUAGUGUUGUAGUAAGUAUCUUCCACACCUUGUAAUUAGUCUUCUAUGUCUUCCUUUCUGGUGUGGUGGAGACAGAUUUUACUAAUACUCAAGACUAAUUCUGACUAAAUGCACAUUGAGGCUGCUGCUCACCUUCUAACCCAGGACAUGUAUCCCUAGAAUCUCCCCCAGAAAAAAAAAGAUUGUCCACUCGUUAGCCCUGUGAUUUAAUCUGACCGCACAGUCAACUAGCUGCAGCUUCCAAAGUGAAAGACCUGCUACAACUGUUAGAGGGUUGCAAGGUAUCUGUCUUGUAAUGCUGCAGUCACCUGUGCUCCUAUCUGCCCAGCUUGCCUUUUGUGAUGCAGGGGCUGUGUUUAGAGCAUUAGGAACUAAAGAAUUCACUCUUGGCAUAUUUCCAUUUGCUGCUGGAGAGAAGCCAGAACAUACUUUCAAGUGAAGUAUACCUAAUUUUAUGAAGACACCAGUUAAUUAACAAGGGACCUAUUUCAGCUGAAGGGGAAGAGACUGGAUAAACUUAAGCACUAGAAGAGGUUCCAACUUUUUAAAACAAAUAUUUUUAAACAAUAAGGAAAAUAACCUGAUAUACUAUUAAAUUUCACUGAAGAAUUUAUAUUGAAAAAUUAUUUGCCUUUUGUUCAGUAGCUGGAAAUGUAUGCUGUUUAGUUAAAUAGAUUUUGAAAGUACUAAAUAAACGCUGACUGACAAACAAGAA